AUGCACCACCACUCUGCUCACAUUCACAGUUUGCAUAAUGACCUGACUGCGAAUGAUAUCGACCACAAUGCGCUGCGACAGGUGCUUCGGAUCUCGACCACCCAGGAAUCGCGAAAUCACUUACCACAAACGGCAGUAAUACCAUGUUGGCUUGGCGCCUCGCCUUUGGGCCGUGCACCACCGAUGCCUGAAUACGACGCGCAGCUGAGAAUGUUGGACCAUGCGAUCGCUCGAAUUCCGUUACCGAUUGAUGUGGAAAGGCCGCGCAGCUAUUUGCCAAAAAUGCCGUGCCAAACAGCAACAUAUUACCCUCAGGCACCUCCGCUGAAUGCUGAUUCAUUAGAAUACUACCUCCGACUAAGUCCGGAAACGCUCUUCUUUGCCUUUUACUACAUGGAGGGUUCACGUGCACAGUUGCUAGCGGCGAAAGCGUUGAAGAAGCUGUCGUGGCGAUUUCACACGAAGUAUUUGAUGUGGUUCCAGCGACAUGAAGAGCCAAAGCAAAUCACGGAUGACUACGAACAAGUAUUGCUUGCUUUGAUACUUUGA